GUCGUGUCUUCUUGUCGGCUUUACGUGAACGGUAGAAGUCGAACCGUUGGUUGUCGUGAUUGAUUUAAAGCCCUAAUGAGAUCCAUCGAUCAUCGUCUAAUGGAGGAAUCAGCUGAUACGUCUUCCUCUUCCUCUUCCCCUUAUUUCUCUAUUUUCACGAAUUAUCCUCUGAUCUCCGCCGUCUUAGCUUUUACCAUCGCACAAGUCAUCAAGUUCUUUACCACCUGGUAUAAGGAAAAGAGAUGGGAUCUGAAACGACUUGUUGGGUCAGGAGGGAUGCCUUCUUCACAUUCGGCAACAGUCACAGCUCUAGCUAUGGCUGUUGGUUUACAAGAAGGCUUUGGAGGAUCUCAUUUCGUUAUCGCUUUCAUUCUCACUUCCAUUGUGAUGUAUGAUGCAACUGGUGUAAGAUUACAUGCUGGACGCCAAGCCGAGGUUCUCAAUCAGAUUGUGUAUGAACUCCCAGCAGAGCAUCCCCUCGCUGAAAGCAUGCCACUGCGUGAACUUCUCGGUCAUACGCCUCCACAGGUCGUUGCGGGUGGAGUGCUUGGAACUGCCACAGCAGUUUUUGGAUACUUUAUCACCUUGAUAGUCAAAUAGCUAUUUAAUAAGGUGCAGUAAAAGCUCGCAUUUUCUAUUCCAAUAUCGUGUGUGGGUGCCACUGGUGCAUAGCUGAAACAGCCAUAUUUGUGUUUUUGCUAGUUAGCAUUUAUCUUUAUCAUUGACAGCAUAGUAUAUAGGUUUGAUCAUGUAAGGAAAACAUGAAAAUGUCAUUACACAGAUUGAUGAAGUUGUAAAAAAGGAGCUUGUGCCGUGAACUACAAGUCGACAACGAACAUGAUCUAUUUGGAUGUAGCAGAAGGCAUACUUUGAUAAUCAGCUUUAUGAAAAGUUCUAUCUCUCUCGUAAAUUUUAGAGUAGCAUCCAAUGCAAAUCAAAUCCAAGCAGUGGAUCCUCUCUCCCAAAUCUUGAGGUUAUUCCACCUCGAAGUUUCAUCACUUUUAAUUUCCUUUUAACUUCCAUGAGAUAGGCAUAGUUUUUUCAUGUAGUAAUGCUUAUUUUUCUCUAAAUUAUUUGGCUCAUUAAACACAUGUCUUAGCAUUAACUUAAGUCUCCUAUGCCACUUGAUGGAUAUUGAUUCCUUUAAUGUUGAUUCAACCUCCUGAGAAGAAUCAGUAGAUGUAUAGUAUAAAUAAAUACGUCAAGAUGGACAAGGGAACAUACUUGUCUUCUCCGACUAGUCGCCGCUCCGAAAUCACCAGUUCAAGACUCAUCAUCAGGAAUAUAAGAGGUUGUGACUUUAAAUGGUUCUACUCAUAAUUUCCAUGAAGCAAAUGUGGUGAGGAUGAAGAAGGAUGACAACAGAAAGGUUAGUAGUCUAUGUCCCCAUGAAAGAGAUUGUGGAUGAGCAUUCUGGAUGCAGGGGGGACAUUGAUAGAGGAAAGAACAAACGGAAAUAUCAAAGAUCGGUCUUGUCGAUUUGAUACACUAUAAUCUACGCCCGGACUUUACAUUCCACUAACUUCACUUCUAAAAAAAAGAAAAAAACUUCACUUCUAAAGUAAUAAUUUCAAAACUCAAUUUGAUGCAGUUACUUUUAAAGUUUCUGUGUAAAUAAAAUUUUACAUAAAACUGCACGAACCAUGUUUCUAUCUAUGAUAUUUCUAAGUACAUGGACCAAUAAAACCUGCUUUAAGUAAUGUUAUAUUGUUCAGAUUUUUUUUGUUUUCUUAUACAUUAAUCCAUCCCAGUUUACAGCUACUGAAUGCACUCUUUCAUCAAUAAUCAGAAACUUAGCAGAAACAGAAAAUGUGAGUUAAAAGAAGUACCAUAAUAAUGAAUCCAUAAGAAACCAAAGACGGUCCACAAGCAGUAGAGGGGACUGUCAGGAGGACCACGUGAGUUUGUCAGUCAAACACGGACCCGCCUUUGUUCCCAGCCCGGACCGACAAAACCCAUCUCUCGCCGCUCCUUCCAAGAUCUCUACCCGUACACGUGCCAUAGUCUUCACGAAACUGCCUUCUUUUAAAAUCUUAAUCAAAGAUUCUAAAGUUACCGUUAAAAAGUACAAGUGUAUCUUUAAAAAACACCACUCUCGGGAACUACAUUAGAAGUUUUAACUUUUUUCAUAAACUCUUUGCUUCAUCCGAGAUUCCUCCUAAUUGUUUGUGAUUGUUCCCAUUGCAUUUGCAUUUGCAUUAUUACCAUCGCUUUAUAUUAUUAACACUGUAUUUAGUAGUAUUAUAAUGGUGAUUGUUUAGUCACUUUCUCCCCACGUACACAUGAUUAUUAAUAAUACUAUUUUUUUUGACCAAAAAAAAAUAAUAAUAAUACUAUUUUCUAACAGUGUUCGCAGCAUUUUCACGAACGAACCAGAUCUGAACAUUAUUAUAAAAACCAUUACCACUAUUAAAUCUGAAAAGAAAACAAAGAAAAACCCUGGGCCUAUAUGAUUCUGUGUUAACUGAUGUUUAAGAGACUUACAGUCAGAUUAGUGAUACGUAGAAGAAGUAUUCAAGCGAUUUAAAAGAAUGGUACGUAGUUGCCUAAUUAUGCAAAUACUAGA